AUGAUCCAAAGUCAAGAUCGAACAGUCCCAGAAAAGAACGGUGACCCGUCUUUUGCUGGUGAACAAACAGGCAAAGAUCAAUUCGCCGAGCAAAAGAAAAAUAUCGACAGGAAAGGCCACCCUGGAGAUGAUCCCAAGCAUCAAAAGAAAAGAAAUGACGAAUCUGAUUCCGGAAAAAAACAACAUCCCGGUUUGGGCGGAAACAAAGAUGACGUCAAGGAUUAUAAUAAGAAAGUUCAAACCGGAGCGCAACAACAAACAAAUCCUGAAUCUACUCAACCGAAGCCAACGCCAUCGCAGCAUCCCCAUGAAAAAGUCCAUAUAAGGGAUCAAUUGACAUUUUCCUGGCAGAGAGUCGGUGGUUGGGAUGUUGAUGAAGACACCAACAAGAAAGAGUUGUUGAAGAAUGCCAAAACAGUUGAAGGUUACAUCAUUGACCAUUUCUAUGGUGACUGGUAUUGGAAUACAUCCCUUAUGUUGGGAACCUGCCUCUUUGCUUGGUUGGUUGCUAGAUUAGGUGGAGGAAUCUUAUCAUUGGGACUUGUUUUACUCUUUACAAACUCGGUUUACCGUGGAGAGUUUAGAAGAUUUAAUAGAAAUAUCAGAGAUGACAUGAAGAGAGUUAAGGCUGAUAACAGGUUGGUGAAUCAAUUGGAAACUAUGGAAUGGAUGAAUUCAUUUUUGGAUAAAUUCUGGGUUAUUUAUAUGCCUGCUUUGUCUGAACAAGUUAUGUUUCAAGCCAAUGAGAUUUUAAAAGACCAAGCCCCUGGUUUUGGUAUUGAGAAAUUGUCCUUGGAUGAGUUUACUUUAGGUUCAAAAGCUCCCCGUGUUGAUUCCAUCAAGUCAUACCCACAAACUCGUCAUGACACUAUUGAAAUGGACUGGGCUUUUUCGUUCGCUCCAAAUGAUACUGAUGACAUGACAAAGAAUGAAAUCAAGAGAAAAAUUGACCCAAAGGUGGCUUUAGGUGUCACUGUUGGUAAGGCAUUCAUUUCAAAAUCUCUACCAAUCUUGGUUGAGGAUAUGUCAUUCACUGGUAGAAUGAAGGUUAAGUUGAAGCUUUCGUUGAAUUUUCCUCAUGUUAAGAUUGUUUCCAUUCAAUUUUUGGAACCACCAACCAUUGAUUAUGCUUUGAAACCUAUUGGAGGUGACACUUUGGGUCUUGAUAUCAUGUCGUUUAUUCCUGGUUUGUCCAAAUUCGUUAACGGUAUCAUCCACUCGACUUUAAGACCCAUGCUUUAUGCUCCAAAUUCGCUUGACAUCAACAUCGAAGAGCUAUUGGAAGGUCAAUCCAACGAUUCCAUUGGGGUCAUUGCAGUGUACAUCAAAUCAUGUAAGAAUUUGAAAACGGGGCAAACCACAAAGCCCAAUAGUAUUAACCCCUAUGUGCAAAUCAAGGUUUCCAACAAUGGUGAUAUCGACGAGAGAACUAAAGUCAAAAAACAAGUUAAUGAUCCAAUAUUCUUGGAACAUAAGUAUAUUUUGGUUAAUCAAUUGGAGGGUAACUUUUUCAAUUUCAACGUAUUUCAUUUGUUAGAAGAUCAAGCAGAUGAUCAGUUGAUUGGAAAUUGCGAAUUUCCAUUGGGAGAAUUUUUGCAAGAAGAGAAUCAGAGUGGCAUUGUUAAGAACAUCAUGGAAGGUGGGAAAGUCGUGGGAAAAUUGGAAUUAGAUAUGAAGUAUUUCCCAACAAUGCAACCAAUUGAACUCGAUGAUGGAACAAAGGAAGUUAUCACUGACUCUGAAGUUGGUAUAAUGAAAAUCACCUUACACGAGGCAAGAGAUUUGGAUAUUUCGAAAUCGGUUAUUGGGUUGUUGAAUCCUUAUGCUGAAAUAUAUGUAAACAAUGAGUUGGUCAAGACUUGUCGUAAAUUGAGGCAAACAAAUGAACCCUCGUGGGAACAAUCCUUUGAAAGCUUAAUCACUCAACAAACUGAAACAGCCAUUCAAGUGCUUGUUCGUGAUACGGUUGAUAAUAGUAUCGUCGCGAACUUGCAAGCAAAUUUACAAGAUCUUGUGUUUGAGAGCGGAAGGGGUCAACUGUGGAUAACAUGCCCUGCUCUUUCGGAAAACGCUUCACCCCCUCAAAUUAGAAUCAGUGCUGGUUGGAAGCCUUUGGCAGUUGAUGAGGAAACAAGCUCCAAGGUUAUUACUCCUGCUCCAGUUGGUGGUAUCAGAAUCCAUUUGAGAGGAGCCAAGGGAUUAAAGAAUUUGGAGUCUGUAGGAUACGUUGACCCUUAUGUGAGACUUAUCAUGAAUGGUAAGUUGAGAGGUAAAACUGUUACUUUUGCUGAGACGGUCAAUCCACAAUGGAAUGCAGUGUACUUUUUGCCUGUAUCCAAUCCUCACCUGCACUAUUUGUUGGAGAUCAUGGAUGCUGAGCCAGAAGGUAAAGAUAGAUCCUUAGGUACUGCGGCAAUCAAUGCUGCUGACUUUUUGAGAAAGAAUGAAGAAGGGUACUACCUUGGAUAUGAUGGUGCCGAUGAAAUCAUUGAGCAGCCAGUCUUGUUUGAAGGUGAGCCAUGUGGAACCCUCUUUUAUUCCGUUUCUUUCUUCCCAACCAUCAAUGCAUACUCGUUGUCUGAAUUGCACAAUAUGCAUGAGUAUGAAGAGCAAAAGCGUCUCAAAGAGAAGAGAGAAGAGGAACAGUACAAGAAGGAUGAAGAGACUUAUGAAAACAACCCUGGUGAGUAUGAAUGGAUCGAAACUGAGGAAGAUGCAAUGGCUGAACCACCAAAGAUUAAGCUUAAAUUGGCAGACGCUGUUAAGUACAGAGCAGGUGAUAUGGCCGUCCAUCUUCUUGGUGGAAAGUUUCACAAGAACGAUGUGUAUGUUCAGACUCUUUUUGACGAGCAUGCAUACCCUUCAGGUGUGUCACCAAAAGUUGAAAACAGAAGACUCGCAACAAGGUCAACGGGGGAAACUUUCAUCAGAGAUUUGCCAAACUCCAAAGUGAUUUUCAGAAUCACAAAGAAAGUGGAGGUAACUCAACAAAAAGACAUCCUUGUUGAGGAAACUUUUGACACACUUGAUCUCUACGAAAAGUCGUUCAAAAAGCCCAUCAAUAUCCACCUUGGUCCGAAAAACUCGAUCGAUAUCCAACUCGAGUAUAUUCCAUCAAUUGCCAAGUUGGCACCAUUAGAUACCAUUUUGGAUGUUGGUAUUUGUAAAUUGGAAAUUAUUGGCGCCAAAAACUUGCAAUCAGUCGACACCAAUGGUAAAUCGGAUCCAUUGUGUAUUGUCAAGUUGGAUGGUAUCGAAGUUUUCAAAACUGACAAGAAACGUAGGACUUUGGAUCCACUUUGGAAUGAAGCCGUUGAUUUCCCAAUGAUUUCGAGAUCCAGACAAGUUUUGCUUCUCGAGGUGUAUGAUUGGGAUCUUACUCAUGAUUUGGAAUUGUUGGGUAUGGCAAAUCUUGAUUUGUCAAGUAUCCCAGCAUUGACAACCACGCCAUUCACGGUGAAUUUGGACACACAAGGAACACUUGAUUUGAGGGCCACUUUCUUCCCUGAAUAUGUAAGGCCACCCGUUGAAUCGAAGGAAGCUAUCCCUGUUGAUCUUAGUAUGGUACAUCAAACUUCAAUGAAGGCCGUUGGCAAUGUGACUGAUAUCGCCACUGGAGCUGUUGGUACUGGUAUCGGAGCUGGAGCCGAUGUGAUUAGUAAAGGUGACAAAUUCUUCAAGGGAUUCAGACACAAGAGAAAGUCCAAGAAGGAUGAUGAUCUGGCCAGUAAAGCCGAUGACGAUCGAUCCGUUGCUCCAAGCCACACUACUGGAAGUGAACGAAGCGGUGUCAAGAGCGACAAGUCUGCCCAACAAAAACAAGAAGAUGGCGAAGGUCAAGAAGAAGGAGGCGAAGAGGACAUUCCAGAGGAAGAAAAGGAAUUUAGAGAGGCUCAAGACGCGGAAAUUUCGAGUGUUAUUGCAGCGCCAAAUAUACGUGAGGAACCUUUGCCUCCACCACAAAAGCCGAUCCUUGGUCACAAUAGAAAUGUUAGCAGUGCAACCGAUGCUUCAAGCUUUGCUGCUAGUGUACAUGGCGAUGGUGCUAUUCCUGGAAGACUCACGAUUGUGGAAGCAAGGGGUUAUUCCAACCCAGCAUUGGAUGUCAAGGCAGUGUUGAAAACAUCAACCAAAGAAAAAUCAUUGCUCAAGACUAGACAUGCUAAACUUGAUAAACACACGAACUCAUACAAAUGGAGUGAGAGUGUGCCGUUCAAGUCUGCUCCAACUGGACAGUUGAUUCUUACUGUAAGACAACCACAUACAUUUGGAAAAAGUCAGACUGUAGCUGAAGCGGUUGUCAAUUUGAGUCAUUACGUCAAUGUCAAUGAAAACAUCUCGAUACCUACUGGCCACGGUGAGAUUGUGAUUAAUUUGAAGUACUUUACCUAG